GUUUUUUGCGAUGGGGUUGAAGCCUGCUUGGGCUCCGGGCGACGGAUCGGGGGUUGUGAUACGAUCGUUCGCGGAGGUUUUGGCGGAGAACAAAGAAAUUCCUUUAAAGAUUCCUUUUCGGCAUAAAGGAAUGCCUACGAUCCAGUUCACUGAUGAGGAGAUUUCAACUUUGGCGGAUCAACAUAAAUUAGCCCUGGUGGGAUCCUUUGUCCGAGGAAGGCCGUCUUUGGCUGUCAUUCGAGCGGAUUUUGAGAGGAUUGGAUUUCAUGGAUCUGUGACGUUGGGUUUGCUUUAUCAUCGCCAUGUUCUUCUCAAGUUCUCGAAGGAGGAGGAUUUUUAGCGUUGUUGGCUCCGGCAGGCUUGGAUCAUCCGGGGUUUUAAAACGCGGAUUACGCGUUGGACACCUGAUUUCUGGCCGGACGUUGAAUCGCCAAUAGUGCCAGUGUGGAUUAGUUUGGAUGGCUUGCCUUUGCACUUCCAUGAUAAAUGGGCCCUUUUCUCUAUAGCAGGCAUGAUUGGCAAGCCACUCAAAGUGGAUGCGGCGACUGCAAAUCUCACCCGACCUUCAACAACAAAGGUGUGUAUUGGAUCUUCUACAGGAAAUUCCAUCGAAGGUCUUGAUUUUGCAGGGAAACAAGGAAAUAUUUCAACAGGUCUCGUACGAGGAUCUUCCUUCGUACUGUGUUAAAUGCAACCGGUUGGGACAUUCGAAGGAGGUCUGUGGCUUGAAGCCACGUUUGGAUAAUCAUAACAGGCAAGGUGGUGAUAAAAAUGAGAAUAACAAAUCCAAACCAAUAAAACUUUUGGCUGCUCCCAAACAAUCUGAGGAGUGGAUUCAGGUACAGCACAAGCGAAAAGGAAAGGAGAUUGUUAUCUCUCAAGGUGAAAAAGAUCAAGCAGAAUCCUCCAAAAAAAUGAGGGCACUGUGGAGGUGGAGGAGGCACAUGACUCGAUGGAGGAUCCAGUUAUGGAUGUGACAAAUCAACAUGUGGAAUCAAAUGAUCAAGUAGUGGAAUCUGAGCAUGGCUGUGCUCACCCUGAGCAAAAUGUGAAUGAUUCUGGGCAUGAAGAGGAACGGAACGAGGUGACAUUGCAGAAUGAACCUGCCUCGAGGUUGAUCAUUGAGAAGGCGUCGAUUGAUGGAGAGAAGAGUGAUCGGUUGGAGGUUGUUCCUGUAUCCACUGAUGUCACGAAACUUAUUUCUUUAGAAGAAGGAGACUUUAAGGAUCUGGAGGAAAGGGAGAUAGGAUAUGGUUCGGAGGACAACAAUAUUAAUUUGGAGGAGCUUACUACGGCUGCUUGGAAGUCAGUUUGUGGAGAGCUAACAAAAAAAGUGGCCUUAAUUGAGAGUGAUCAGGCUGAUGUUUUAGGGGUGGUCAACAGAAAGAAACUCAAAGAAAUUCCUCCUCGAUCCGUCACUACCCGUUUGGCGGCAAAGAGGAACAUAAGGGAAGGCUCCUCCGAGGUUUCCUUAUGAAUUUGCUCACAUGGAAUGUACGGGGUCUUGUCUGUGCCUGCCCGAGACUUCGUGAAUUUAUCAGGCAACAUUGUUUAAAUUUUAUUUCUAUUCUUGAACCUUUGGUCAGUCAGGAUAAUGGAGUAUUUUACUUAAAUAAAAUUGGUUUCUCAAAUCUAUUUAUGUCGGCUACAAAUAGGAUUUGGGUGAUGUGGAAUGAUUCGGCCUUUGAUGUGAUUUCAGUGGUGGAUAAGGGUCAAUUUUUAUUGAUUAAGUUGAGGUAUAUUCCCCUGGAUUUUCUCUUUGUUUUUUCACCGGUGUAUGGUAAACAUACGCGAGCGGAGAGAGCCUCACUCUGGGAGGGGAUGACAACUUUUGCGCAAGCUGAGCAUAUUCCAUGGGUUUUGGGAGGAGAUUUCAAUAUUGUAUCUAAUUUGGGAGAGUAUAAGGGGCCAUCUUGCCCACUCAUUGGGGAUAUGGCUGAUUUCCGGAAUUGCAUUGAUGAGUGUUCUUUGUUGCAAUUGCCCACACUUGGCUCCACUUACACAUGGACUGGGGUUAGGUCUAAUGGACGCAUUUGGGAAAGACUUGAUAGAUUUUUGGUCAAUCAGGAGUUCUUGGAUCAUUUUGAUACUUGUAAUAUUCAACACUUAAGCAAGGCAGCUUCUGAUCACUGUCCUUUAUUGCUUAUGUGUGAUAUUGCUUCGCUUCACGGACCCUCACAGUUUCGAUUCCAGAAUAUGUGGCUCACUAGUGAGGAGUUUUUGCCUUUUGUGCGCCAAAAACGGGAGACCUAUCAUAUGUUUGGGGGGGGGGGUAUGAGAGGUAUGGCUUCUAAACUAAAGGCACUCAAAUGAGAUCUUAGAAUUUGGAACAAAGAAAAGUUUGGGAAUAUUUUUGAAGAAGCAAACCGGCUGGAACAGGAGGCAACCUUAGCGGAACAGAAUUUUGAAGUUAAUCCUACUGUGGAGAAUAGGGCUCUUUGUCAUAAAAAACAAGCUGAACUUCUUAAAAGGCUAAAUCAAAAAGAGGUAUAUUGGAAGCAGAAGGCUAACAUAAAAUGGAUCAAGGAAGGAGAUGCUAACACCAAAUUCUUUCAUGCUUCGGUUAAGGCAAAGAUCAGAAAACAAUUUAUUCGGGCUAUCAAGAAGGAAGUUGGUGAUUGGGUCUACAAUACUCAAAGCAUUGGGGAGGAGGCAGUACAUUUCUUUGAGAAUUUAUAUAGGUUUGAGCCUACUGGUUCCUAUGAAGAUAUCCUUCGAUAUAUCCCCACUAUCCUUCAGGAUAGUGACAAUGAUGUCUUGGUGGAGCUUCCAACCGAAGUUGAGAUCAGGGAGGCUGUUUGGGGAUUAAGUGCAAAUGCUGCGCCAGUGCCAGAUGGUUUCGGGGGAAGUUUUUAUAAGGGCUGUUGGGAAAUUAUAAAACAAGAUGUAAUUCUGGCUGUUCAGGAAUUCUUUAUGGGGAUACCAGUGCCUAAAGGAGUUGGAAGUGUGAAUUUGGUUUUGAUACCGAAGAAGAAGAGCCCUGUUUCUUUCGGUGACUUCUGCCCGAUUUGCUUGUCAACAUUUCUAAGUAAAAUAAACACAAGAAUAUUGACAACAAGGCUGACUUCUACCCUAAACAAAAUUAUUUCUAUUGAACAAUCAGGAUUUAUGAAGGUUCGGGGGUCAAAUCUGGUUAUUAAGCUGGACAUGGCUAAGGCAUUCGACAGAGUGGCUUGGAAUUUUUUGGAUGCUAUUCUUCAUAAAUUUGGUUUUGGAAGUCAUAUUAGAAGAUUGAUCAUGGGAAACCUAAGGGCAACCCAUAUCUUGGUUCUUAUAAAUAGUUAUCCUUUUGGGUUUUUCCAACCUUACCGAGGGGUAAAACAGGGAGACCCCCCUGUCUCCUUUACUCUUUAUUAUUAUGUCUGAAGCUUUUACUAGAUGCAUUAAUGCUUUGUUACUUAAGGGUGAGAUGGAGGCUUUCAAUUUGGGAAGGGUUAAGAGCAUCUCGCAUCUUGCUUUUGCAGAUGACCUUAUGGUCUUCUUAAAUGGCUCAGACAGGUCUAUUGGGCAUUUUAAUAACUUUCUUAUGCUAUAUCAAAAGGCCACGAGGCAGCUAGUAAACAAAGACAAAAGUUGCUUUGUCAUUGGUAAAGCUGCAACAGUUGGAAGGAUCAUGCACAUUGAGAAUAAGAUGGAGAUGAAGGCAGCUAAACUACCCCUAAAAUACUUAGGAGUGCAAUGUUGAAAAAAUGUGUUAAAAAAUCGCAUUAAAUGGUCAUUUUGGGGCAAUUAUUUUAGUGGGUUCCACUUCCGAUUUGGGUCGGGUCAAAGUGGUUUCAGAUUGUCCUUGUUAAGGGCUACAAUUCGAUAUGUGGUACACUCAAAACGGAUAACGGGUGAAUGAGAAAUUGAUUCUCGAAGUUCACUCGUUGAAAUGAAAAAACUGGGAAAAAUGAUGAGUUUCUAGUGUGUUUUAUCCCACACCGAAAAACUCAAGGGAUUUUCACCCCCUUAUAAAGGGAAGCCUCUUUUAAGGAGUUAAGAUUCCUAAAGGGAAAGGCACUCUCUUACGCGCAGGGGGGGGGGGGGUGCCGAUCAAAUCCCGAAACGGAGAAGAAAAAUCGUGACUCGGUUAAUUUUUGUUUUCUUCCCGAAACGUUUAUUUUUUCCCAGAAGUGCUCCGGACAGAAGGCCUCAGACAGAAACCCUCCAAGGGGGUUCUGUUGGCUUCGGACAGAAACCCUCCAAGGGGGUUCUGCUGGCUUCGGACAGAAACCCUCCAAGAGGUGUUCUGCUGGCUUCGGACAGAAACCCUCCAAGAGGUGUUCUGCUGGCUUCGGACAGAAACCCUCCAAGGGGUGUUCUGUUGGGGUCUUCUGUCGCGCUCUUCUUCCGUUACAACGAUUAAUGCCCAACGUUCUUCUCUUUUAAUGCUGCGUUAAAUGGAAAGUUUAUGGACGAUUCAAUGCCCAACGGACUGGUCAUUGAUGUCCAACGUUCAGGUCCAUUAACACCCCAUUUAACACACAACAAAUCCUCCUAUAAAUAGCUGGCAGGUGCUUUGCAACAAACACACGG